AUGUUCAAUACAGUCAGAGCAGCGAUGGAGCAGGCGAAACAGACCCAACUCCAAGAUUACAACUCUUACCCUGUAGUCUAUGACGGCUUGUCCUGGCCUCAGCCCGGCACUGUCUACUAUCCCUGGGCGCCUUCCCAGUGGCAGCUUCCUGUCUACAGCUCGGCUACCCCUGUGAAGUUCACGACGGCACAACCGGUAGUUGGAACGGUGACCAUUAACGGGCAGACGUUUGAUCUUGUCCCCAAGUCUUCUUGA